UAAUCUGCAAUUUAAUUUUGUCAAUUUUGUACCGGUGAAAAUAGUAGGCCAAUGGCAACAAGUGCGCUCUAAGCAGAUUCUUAAAACCCUAUAACCCCUAAAAACCAUUCCAAUCAAUCUCCUCUCAGUUCUUUCGAUAUACGAUUUUGGGGUUCUAAUAUCUGAUCUUUCUUGUCGUGUUAUCGUGUUCUAAUACAAGAAAAUGGAGGGAGUGCAGAAAUUUUUCCGUCAUGUUGCAAAAGAGUCGAAAUCAGGGACUUCUUUUCCUUCCCCGAAUGACAGUUCGUACAAUUUCGGAGGAGUUACCGAUGCUUUAUCUUCUUCUGAUCAAUCUCGUGUUAUUCUCUACAGGCCUCCCAGAAAUAUGGUCUCACUGUGGACUUGCUCAAAAGUGUCUAUAAUUUUCUUUGUUGCUGGAGUCUUUGUUGGUUACACGUUGAAAAGUCGUGUUAAGAGAUGGGCUUCCAAGCUUCUCAAGAGAUUGAAGGAUGAUUGAUUUCAGGCAUACUCUGUUUCUCAUGUGACUAGAAGAGGUGAUGCUGUUUUGAAGAAAUCCCUAUCUAACGGUAUUCCAAAAUUGUUAGAUUUAUAUUGUUUGUAUUUCAUGAUAAUGAUGAUUCUUGGAAUAGAAACUUUAUAGUUCUAUCACUGGCAGGUGAUUCCUGUUAAUUUUUGCUAACAUUUAUAAAUAGAUGAAUUCCAAUUCAAUUCUAAAUAUAUAUGCGUCUCUAUGCGAAACUCUUUUCUGUA